AUGGCCGCACCCUACGCCAUCGGCGCUGCUUUUGUUGCAGUCUUUACCGUCUCCAGCUUCCAUACGGCAUUGGCCCAGUCGACGUCAAACGAAGGCCAGGACGGGAUAGAUCCCAGUGGCUUCCAUCCGUGGACCAUGUACGAUGAGCUCACGGCCCCGUACCGAGACAAGCAGCGAGCCAGCGCGUCUGAAGGUAGUCGCAAACCCGCCGGGCACACGAAACCCGCCGAGCACAUGGGCCCUGUCGCUGCGACCCUCGACUUGCUGGCGGACUGCUUGGAGGUGUAUUUGACCGAGAUUGACGGUCCGACGCGCCCGCCGCAGUUUGUGCGUGCGUCACUCGUCAUUUUGGACUACUGCAUCGACGUAUUUCCACCAAGCGAUGCGGCGAUCGUCGGGCGACUGACGACGACCUUACUGGACGCGAGCGACGCCCACGAACGAGCGUUCCGGUGCAUUGUGCAGUGGUGCGACGAGACGUGUGCGUUUCUACAAGGAUUUCUCGACUUGCGCGAGUCCCACAAGCCUAAUGACGGCCAAGUGCUCGUCUCGGCCGUCUUUACAGAGGGACGCACGAUCCUCACGGAUGCUGUCGCGUCGAUCGCGACCACCGGUAGCUUGCUCACGGCAGCGCGCCGAGAUCUCAACCGUCUUCUGCCAGCUUCAGUAGCGUCGUCAGGUGUACAGCGACUCGAGUGCUUGGAGCCAACGGACGCUGAAGACUAUGAAGUGAUCAACAACGAGGAGGGGCCCCAAUAUCACCUGCGCUGCCUCGACAAACGAAUGGAGGACGUCAUCGAGCUACUGAAAAUGGGUAUGUCGACCUUGGCGUCGAAGAAGGUCCACCAGGAGCUCGAUAUGCAGCAACUCUACCCAGCGUCGUGGGAGCAAAUGGACGAGCGGUUUCUGACAUCGAUGGAGGCAUCCAUGCACCGCCUCUUGGCCACCUGCAAGAAGUGCCGCGACGGAUCCCUUAGCGCCACCACGCACUCGGUUCAGUUGCCACACGCCGAGCGGCUCAACGCUACCGUGUGCAAAAUCCUGGACACACACACGAGCGCGGCGACGACGGAUGCCGUCUGCUUUACUGGCGCUGACGUGUACCUCGACGCCCGCGCAGACGCUGCCCACAGCUUGCACGGUGUCGACCAGAUCCUCGAUCUCUUGGGCGUCGGCAUGGAGCUGGGUCACGCCGCGACGUGCAACGACACCAUGCUGAAGGUCCCCGGGCCCCAAGUGCUGUCCGAGUUUGCGUCCACCGCGCAGACUCCGCGGCUCGGCGACCUUCGAAAGAGCGCCGACCUUCAAAAGAGCAUCCACGAGGGUCGCCAGAGCCAGUUCAAGGCCCGUCUAGCCAUGCACCACUUGUACCACGUGUCAAAGUCGUUCACGAGGGCGCUUCUCGACGCGAGCGACUCCGACGUCGCUUCCCGCAUGCUCGCCGCUCUCGUCACUCAUGCGUUGGACGCUUACCGAGACCUCCUCGCUGCUCUGCGAGCCGCCAUCGCGCAGUGGUCGAUGGCGCACUGGCAGCUACAGCCUUUUCUCAUUCUCGGUGCUGCACCGUGUCAGGACACGGUGACGGCGCUCGACGUCGGCAUCCAGGCUGAGCUCGCUCGCCUACAGAUGAGCGAGACCGGCGUCGCAGAUCUUGUGCAUCGCUUGCGCUCGCACGCCGUGCCCUCGGGUCUGCACUACUUGACGCAGAGCGAUAUGGCCCUGCGCUUUGGUGCAGCCGCUCAAGCUGCAAGCGCUACGUCAAUGGAUCAAAGUGGCGACGUCACCUCCGAGCUUCGGGGGGACGAUUUGCUCGAAGACGGUGCGACACCGGCAGACACGGUCAGUGAAAUGAGUGGUACGCAUGAGACCGUUGUUGUGGGCCACCUCGAGGUACAACCGUUGCUGACGAUCGGCAACGACGAAGCGACGAGCGACUGCGAAGAGCCAUCGCCUGCGAGCAGUGUCACGGUGACUGUCGUGACCGAGACGACGCUUAGUGAGGACGCGAGCGAGCGCAAAGCGUCGGCAGGCAUGCUCGCAAACGACUACGACGUCAGCGAGCCGGCGCCAUUGCCCGCCUCAUUGCGCGAGACGCACGAAGAUUUCGAAACCAGAAACGAGCCGGGUGCUACUGCGGGCGAGAGCAAUAACCAAGUGUCGGCCAUGGAGCAGUCACCAGGAACGGUUGAUGUCGCCUACGACUCAAGUGCGGCGUCGAACAAGAGCCUCACUAGCACGGCGCCCGAGUAUGUGGAGUUCGAUGACGAUCUCGAGUACGAGAUCAUCACGGACGAAGAAUACUUCUUCGAGGCGACCCCCCCGAUGGCCUUGGACGCGCCGCAUUGGCUCAACAUCCACUACUGUUAG